AUGAAGAAGGAACUUUGGUUUCCAAGCAGUGACAUGCUAUAUGAAGUACUACCGAGAUUGUCUACUAAGGAUUUGCUGAAAUUGAAAUGUGUGUCAAAGGGAUGGCGAUGUCUUAUAUCUGACCGCAGUUUCAUCCAAGUUCAGUUGAAAAACAAGGAACCGCUCACAGGUUUCUUCUACCAGGGUAGGUAUAAGUGGUGCGACGAGGAUUAUGACUAUAUCAGCUUCAUACCUAUAGCAAGAGUUACUGCUGAAGUCCAUAAUGAUGUUCUCAAUUUCCUCCCAGAAAGAAUUGCCAUCCUGGAUUCAAGACACGGACUUAUCUGUUGUCGAAGUAGCUUCCCUCGUCGUGUUCCCAUAAUUUACAUUUGUAACCCUGUGAAUAAGGAGUGGAAAACGCUUCAAUGGCCAAACCCUUCCAGAGAAAGUAUCAUAACUUUGGUUUUUGAUCCACUGAAGAACCCGGUCGAUGAGUUCACAAAUUUUAAGGAAAAUGGAGAAGCUCAAGAGAGAUUUGUCUUUGUGAUCACAACAUGCAGAAAAAGGGAUCCAUCUGUGCAGUAG